GUGAUGGCGUCACGGGCGGGGGGUCUGCGGUGGCGGGAAAAGGCGGCGCGAGAAUGGAGGCGCAGGAGAGCGGUGGUGGCACUGGCGAGUGCGGGGCCCAGGACGCUGCUCCAGGCCCCAGCAAGGCCCCCGGCAGCGCCAGCCACUACGAGCUGCCGUGGGUUGAAAAAUACAGACCAGUAAAGUUGAAUGAAAUUGUCGGGAAUGAAGACACCGUGAGCCGGCUGGAGGUCUUUGCAAGGGAAGGGAACGUGCCCAACAUCAUUAUCGCUGGCCCCCCGGGAACCGGCAAGACCACCAGCAUCCUGUGUUUGGCACGAGCCCUGCUGGGCCCGGCCCUCAAGGAUGCGGUUUUGGAGCUCAAUGCCUCAAACGACAGAGGCAUUGAUGUUGUGAGGAACAAAAUCAAAAUGUUUGCCCAGCAGAAAGUCACCCUCCCCAAAGGACGGCACAAGAUCAUCAUCCUGGAUGAAGCAGACAGCAUGACUGAUGGAGCCCAGCAAGCCUUGAGGAGGACCAUGGAGAUCUACUCCAAGACGACCCGCUUUGCUCUCGCUUGUAACGCUUCAGAUAAAAUCAUAGAGCCCAUUCAGUCCCGGUGCGCCGUCCUCCGCUACACGAAGCUGACCGACGCGCAGAUUCUUGCCAGGCUCCUGAGCGUCAUCGAGAAGGAGAAGGUCCAGUACACGGAUGACGGCCUGGAAGCCGUCAUCUUCACCGCCCAGGGCGACAUGAGGCAGGCGUUGAACAACUUGCAGUCUACUUACUCGGGAUUUGGCUUCAUCAACAGUGAGAAUGUGUUCAAGGUCUGUGACGAGCCCCACCCCUUGCUGGUAAAGGAGAUGAUCCAGCAUUGUGUGAGCGCUGACAUUGACGAGGCCUACAAGAUCCUUGCUCACCUGUGGCAUCUUGGCUAUUCCCCAGAAGACAUCAUCGGCAACAUUUUUCGAGUGUGUAAAACCUUCCAGAUGGCAGAAUACUUGAAACUGGAGUUUAUUAAGGAAAUUGGAUACACGCAUAUGAAAAUAGCGGAAGGUGUGAACUCCCUUCUGCAGAUGGCAGGGCUCCUGGCCAGGCUGUGUCAGAAGACAAUGGCCCCAGUGGCCAGUUAGAGCAGAAGCCUCUCUUGCUGGGUUAUGAGAGUCCUUAUUGCUGAGAGUCACAGCCUUUGGUUUGGAAAAAGUGAUGCCCUGGACCGACCCUGGAGCGCAUCUUCCUGGUCUUCACCUUGCUUCCAGCACAUCUUCCCUGCUCGUGGAGUGUUCAGACUCAGCCUCAGACUCACGAUGGGGUGAGAGGGUGGGAAGAGACCCUCCAGGACAUGGCCCCCGGUCUGUGCUUGUGUUGGCAUUUUGCUAAUAAAACCUUACAGUUUUGUGGCAGAAA